AUGCAGCGCCACUCACCGCUGUCAACUCUGUGCUCACGUCGGUGCCUCAUCGGGGACGGCUGUGACUCAGCAGCUCACGGACUCACACCCUCCCCCAGGGCAGGCUCUGCCAGUCAGGAGCAGCGGGCCUCCCCGUCCCCCGGGGCCUCUUCCAUGCACACCGGCCAUACAUGUCACUACACCCAGUGCCGGGUAUUUUUAGUGAAGCGCUGCUUCAAUUAUGCUAAUGCUUCAAGUGAGGUUCCCCACUACGCUAAGUCUCCUACAUACGAACCUUCAAGCUUCGAACUUCAUGGUGUGAACGUGCUUUCACACGUGCAGUCCCGGAAGCGGGCUGAGGCGCCUGGUGUACGUUGUCACGUGCGUGCACCCUCCGCGGGCGGCUGUGCUUCUGUGUGCUUCACUGCACAGGACCGUAUAAAGGGCAGUGGUGCGCAUCUUUGUUCCAAGCCCAGGACGUCCAGAAGCGAGUGUAAAAGUAGCCAUGAUGUGGCUGAUGCUGGUGUACUUUUCAAGAUGCAUCAGGAAUGUAUCUUCAGAUGCAGAGGACCCUGCAGAGCACCAGCCAGGAGCUGGCCGCAGUCCCUGCCCACUGGAGAGGAGACACACACGGGCUGGGAGCUGGAGGGCAGAGACUGAAGAGCAAUCCCGGGAUGAGGACUGCUGCUGACUGCCGGGAAACGGUCCAAGGGGCCAGGAGGGAGGGGACUGCUGUGGGGAAUGCCUUUAGG